AGUGCUCUCCCGGGGGACACCAGUUUCUUCAGAGUCCGUAUAGAAAUGUCCAUUUUGACUCAUUGCACCUCCAGCAGUCAGCUGCUCAAGAACUGAUAUGCGACCAUUCCCUCUCCCCUGGAUGGUAUCGAUUUCUCAUCUUUGAUAGACCUGCUGAGAUGCCAACCAAAUGUGUCGAGAUGAACCACUGUGGAACUCAGGCCCCCAUCUGGCUCUCUCUGAGGGAUUCGGAAACACUGCCACCUCCUGGGGAGAUCAAGCAACUGACAGCUUGUGCCACAUGGCAGUUUUUGUUCAGCACUAGAAAGGACUGCUGUCUCUUUCAAAUUCCGGUGUCUGUGAGAAACUGUGGGGAAUUUUUUGUGUACUUACUACAACCCACUCCAGGAUGCAUGGGCUAUUGUGCAGAAGCUAUUCCUGAUGUAAAAUUACACUCAUGUGGCCCGGAUGAAAUUGAAAUGGGAGGGGACUGUGUCCGUCAGCUGUCUGCCUCCUUGCCACCUCUACCUCCAGGAAGGCCAGAGGUUAAGGUGGAAGUGAUUGAGUCCCGGCUUUUCUGUAGGUGUGCUUUUGAUGUGUCCCCUACAAACCACUCAGUGGGAUUUCUCAUAACUUGGUCUAGGCUUUCUCCUCAAGAAAUCAAAGAGGAGCUGAAACAAGAGACCACAGUUCAGGCAUUCUCUCUUUUAGAACUUGAUGGCAUAAAUCUCAGACUUGGAGACAGGAUAUUCUGCAGUGCUUCCAUCUUUUUCUUGGAGAAACCGCAUAUACAAAGUUUAGCCAUUGAAAGCCAAGAAUUUUUUGCAGGCAUUAAGCUACAACCCGAAUUGAGCACUAUCUCAGAAGAUGGGAAAGAAUACCAGUUAAGGAUAGAGAGCACAGUUCCUAUUGUUUGUUCUGAAUUUAGUGAGCUUGAUCAAGAAUGCAAAAUUUCAUUAAAGCUGAAAACUAUUGAUCAAGGUAAAGAACACCUAGGCUUAAAUUUGGCACUGUCUUCCUGUCAUGUGGACCUUCAUGAGACAUCAUUCUGUGUGAAUGGAACCUGCAGCCACACUUUGGUGUACUACACUGCUGUUGCAGAUUUUUCUAGAGAUGGAGAUAGAGUUACAAACAUUGCAGUGCAACCUAUAGUCAAUGAGGAUUUCCUGUGGAACAGCUACAUUCCAGACAGCAUCCAGAUCAGAGUAAAGGAUGUUCCAACUGCUUACUGCUAUUCAUUUACUGACCCACAUAUAAUUACAUUUGAUGGCAGGGUAUAUGAUAAUUUCAAGACUGGAACGUUUGUUCUUUAUAAGAGUAUGUCACGUGAUUUUGAAGUCCAUGUACGUCAGUGGGACUGUGGGAGCCUUCAAUAUCCUGUGUCAUGUAACUGCGGGUUUGUUGCUCAAGAAGAAGGUGAUGUAGUUACUUUUGAUAUGUGCAGUGGUCAGCUGCAUGAAUCACAACCAUAUUUAUUUGUAAAGAGCCAAGAUGUAACCAGCAAUAUCAAGAUAAGUGAAUCUUACUUAGGAAGAAAAGUCACAAUUCGGUUUUCUUCGGGAGCAUUCAUUCGUGCUGAUCUUAGUGAAUGGGGCAUGAGUUUAACAAUCAGAGCCCCUAGUUCAGAUUACAGAAACACCCUGGGACUUUGUGGUACCUUUGAUGAAAAUCCAGAAAAUGAUUUCCAUGAUAAAAGUGGGUUCAAAAUUGAUCAAAAUUUUAAUAAUUGUGUUGCUUUUAUUAACGAAUGGAGGAUUCUACCGGGAAAGAGCAUGUUUGACACACUGCCGAUUUCUCUGACAUCGCCUGGAAAACUAUCCUACUGUGGCUGCUCAUCAGACACUUCUUUAUGGUAUCCACCUUCGAAUCACCUGGACAGUGAUUUUCAAUCAGAAAUUGCUUCAGCUUGCAGAGACCUCAAACAUGUCAGAUUCUCUUCUUUGAUACCAGAACUCGAUGUCACCUCUGAAUAUAUUAAUUCAGACACUCUCGUCAGAGGGAUAAACAAACAUACAUCUGGUGACGAAAAUAAUUUGAAUUUAUUUCCACAAGAACAGAAGCAUGUAAACCUGACCAGACUGGACGUAAAUUUACAAAACCAUGCUGGGAAUAAAAACCAAGAUGCACCUAAAUACUUGGACAAUGAGAAACACAUGCAGGACCAAGGUAGCCACGGUCGAGAGAUGAGGUGGGAUCAACAAAAGAGAGGGAAACGGCAAAACUUUCAUGACUCUGUUUCGCCGUUUGCCUUCCAAAGUCUCAGCCAAACGGACUUAGAAGAAUUUACUUAUUUUUUCCCUGAGGACCAUGCUGAGGAUGUCCACCGGGACUUUGUCCCUUCGGGGCCCACACCCUCUGGCCUCACUGAACGCAGCACCUUGGCACUGUGUCAGCAGACUCUAGCCAACUCCAGCAUAGGAAGGCUCUGUCUUGCUUUCCUUGGCAAGAGACUAGACAGCGUUAUAGAUAUGUGUGUGAAGGAUGUUCUAUUAAAAGAUGAUCUUAGCUGGGCCGAAGCGGGUGUGGCCCUUUUAGAAAAUGAAUGCGAAAAAAGAAUUUUGGAAGAGGGGAAAUAUAACACAGAAGAAUACAGCAAGUCAAUUGAGGACAUUCUGUUAGUAUUAAAAUGCCCCAAUCUAUGCAGUGGCAACGGGCAGUGUAUGGAAUGGGGGUGUGCGUGUUUCCCAGGCUUUAGUUCCUAUGACUGCAGUGAUGUGUAUGGCAAAGCUCCUGAAAUUAUAGAGCUUGAGAAUGCUGGAUUCUGUGAUGUUCAAAAAUAUAAUUGUAUGAUGGUGAGAGUGUUUGGUAAAGGCUUCAAAGAAUCACCUUCAAUUAAAUGUGAAGUUACUAAACUGAAGUAUAAUAGCAGUGAAUGGGUGCUUGGAGAACCCCUCUACACACAGAGUGUUUUUCAAAACAGCAGAACUGUUGAUUGUCAGCUGCCCAUUGAUGUUUGGCAGUUUGAUACCAUGGAUCUGAUGGGUGAAGAACCAAUUGGAAAGUGGCAAUUAAAGGUAUCUAAUGAUGGUUAUAAGUUCAGUAAUCCAAAAAUAAUGAUCAUAUAUGAUGGUGCUUGUCAAGUUUGUGGUCUCAAUGAAAAUGACUCAUGUACUAUAAAGGAAGAUGUUUGCAUUAUCGAUGGAUUCUGCUACAGUGAAGGGGAUACAAAUUCAACCAGCCCUUGUUUGAUUUGUAUACCCCAAAUUUCAAAAUUUACUUGGUCAUUUUUAGAAAACAACCAACCCCCAGUGAUUCAAACACCGCAAGACAAAUUACAGGCAUUUUAUGGGGAAAACUUUGAAUACCAGUUCAUGGCCUUUGAUCCAGAAGGUUCUGACAUUCGUUUUAUGUUGGACUCUGGUCCCGAAGGAGCAAGUGUUUCUUCUACAGGACUUUUUAUGUGGAGACCAGAGUCAGAAACUCCCCAGCAAUUCACUCUGCACCUUAACGAUGGCUGCGGCGCUGAAACUAGAGUCACGAUUGAGGUGACUGUGAAGUCUUGUGAUUGCUUGAAUGGUGGAUCCUGUGUGUCUGAUAUGAAAUUUCCUCCAGGGCGUGGAAUGUACUCAUGUGUCUGCUUGCCUGGCUUCCAGGGCAAUCUUUGCGAAGUGGAUGUCAGUGGGUGUCAAUCAAACCCCUGUGGCCUUGGCAAAUGUAUUAGUAGUUUUCACAGUUAUUCCUGUGAUUGUCCACCUGAGCUCAAAGGCAAAAAUUGCCAGGAAGAUGUUGAUGAGUGUGAUUCCAAGCCUUGCUUUGCAGGAGUAGAAUGCCUGAAUACCUUUGGUUCCUAUCACUGUGGUUCAUGUCCAACAGGAUUUUAUGGUGAUGGAAAAAUAUGUCAUGAUAUAAAUUUUCAGCCACCAUCAACAGAGCAUUCACUAAUUGGUACAAGCUUUACCCACAAUCAUGCUACUAUUAUCAAACAGUUCUCGAACACAACCAACAUCUCCAGCUUGUCACUGAAAUCAGUUACAACUCAAAUGGAUAAUUCAAAGAAGGCUAUUUCUUAUCAGAUACCAGGUUUUGAACAUGUGGAUCAUACUCUCAGUACAAAUCUCAGUCUGGAUGCGAUGGGAUUUCCUAUGAAGAACAGUAAUUCUUUAAGCACUAACACAAACAGCUCCCAUGGCGAAUUGAAGGAUGUUGUCCAGAGCACCAUCCAAACAAAGACAGGAGAAUAUAAUUAUCAAAAUAACAGGUCUUCCCAAGGUUACAUACAGUAUAAAGAUGAGUUUGCAUCGUUGGUUACUAAAACAGUCACUAUUUUGCCAGAAAAGUUUGCAUCAACCAAAAUAUCACCUUGUGCUGAAUCAUCUUGUUUUUUUGGUGUUUCCUGCAUGCCAACCUCAGAGGGUCACUUCAAAUGUGGACGGUGCCCCUUUGGGUAUUAUGGAGAUGGUAUCAAUUGCAGAGCCAUUUGUAGACACCCAUGUGGAAAAAAUGGGGAGUGUGUUGCCCCAAACAUAUGCAAAUGUAAACCUGGUUACAUUGGUUCUAACUGCCAGACUGCUAUAUGUCACCCUGAUUGCAAAAACCAUGGAAGAUGUAUUAAGCCUAACAUUUGUGAAUGUCCUCCAGGACGUGGUGGAGCAACCUGUGAUGAAGAACAUUGUAACCCACCUUGUCAACAUGGCGGCACCUGCUUGGCUGGCAAUCUCUGCACUUGUCCGUACGGUUUUGUAGGACCAAGGUGUGAAACAAUGGUUUGUAACAGGCACUGUGAAAAUGGAGGUGCAUGUCUUACACCUGAUGUUUGCCAGUGCAAGCCUGGCUGGUACGGACCCACCUGUGGUACAGCUUUGUGUGACCCCGUUUGCCUCAAUGGUGGUUCCUGUAAUAAGCCAAACAUUUGCCUCUGUCCAAGUGGAUUCUUUGGUGCACAGUGUCAGAAUGCUUUCUGUCACCCUCCCUGCAAGAAUGGUGGCCACUGCAUGAGAAAUAAUGUGUGCGUCUGUCGUGAAGGAUACACUGGCAAGAGAUGCCAAAAAAGCAUCUGUGAUCCUAUGUGCGUGAAUGGAGGAAAAUGUGUGGGACCAAACAUUUGCUCUUGUCCUUCUGGUUGGAAUGGGAAACGAUGCAACACACCUAUCUGCUUUCAGAAAUGUAAGAAUGGUGGUGAAUGCAUUGCUCCCAACAUAUGCCUUUGUCCUUCUGGCUGGGAAGGAGUACAGUGUCAAAUACAAAAAUAUAUCAAAGUAUUAUUAAGUGCCAGUAUUUACACAAGAAAAAUGUGCUCAGAAAUUGGUAAUUCUGAUUGGAAGUCAUAUGUGAUAAAAUGGUAGAAAAAAAAGAACUAGCAACCUCAACGUGGGCUGCUCAUUCUGGAGUGAGGUCUGUGUGGAGUGAGGACCAUGAGAGACAAUGGUGAGAAGAUGUUAAAAGCACAUUAAUGUGGAGAUAAUGCUCCAGUGAUUAUCUGAAGCUCCAAUGAGGAUGUCUGAAGCUGUGUACCCUGUUUUGCACUCUGUAGCAUUUUUAUGUGAAUUAGAAAAAAAAUCACACUUCUUCAAAAUGCUUUAUUUCCAACUAUCUAUUGAGAAACUGUCAAUACAAUGAUGAUUUUUUUUUUAAACAAGAUGUGUUACUGCCAUCUGCUGGAAAUAAAUAUUGAAAUCUAUGUUAUCUUUGAUAUGAAUGGUGCUUCUUUAGCUGGGGAGCGUUUGUGCGUUACACAACCCACCCAACUGCAUGUAGCAGCCUUAAUGAAACAUACCCUGUC